GCGGUGGGCGGCUGCUUCCCGCUGGUGUUCAGCCUGCUGGGGGACCUCUUCCCGCCCGCCAGCAGGGCGGCGGUCAGCGCGGGGGUGCAGGUGGCCACGGGGGCGGGGCUGGCGGCGGGGCAGGCCCUGUCCGGCUGGCUGGGCCCCGCCACCAACUGGCGGCUGCCCUUCGUGGUGCUGGCGGUGCCCUCGCUGGGGGCGGCGGGGCUGAUGCUGGCCACCACUCGGGAGCCACCCCGGGGGGCGGCGGAGGAGGUGUUGAGGGGGGAGCACUACUCCUCCGAAUGCGGCGGGGCGACCAACACCAGCCCCUACACUGCCCCUUCCUCCUCCACCUCCCCCUCCUCCCCGCCCCGCUACACCGCCUCCUCCGCCUCCUCGCGCGCCAAGCUGGCCCGGCUGCUUCGGCGCCCCUCCAACG